AUGGAUUUCUGGUGCAAGCCGAUGAACGAACCAAACUCCCGUAGAAAUUUUAUAGUGAACCUGCCCUUGGGAUCUCAGAAACAGGGCAACCCAGAAACAAACCAGAUCCCUGGAGACAACCCAGGUCCAGACAUGCAUCCUUGUGGUAAAUCUGGCAUCCAGCUGGGAAUAGGAACUCCUCAUUCACCCUGUGAUCAUCGUGUAAGCCGUGUUUGUGAUGUCCUGUGGGAAGAUAUUUUUCAUCAAAAGGCUUCAAUGCUUCAGCAUGAGAUAGCCAAUGAGACUGAACCAUGUUCAAAUUUGAAGUACUGGACAAAGGACGUCAUGGUCCUAGAUUUCUGCUAUCUUUUUAAAGUCAUUUUAGCCUGGUGCACGUUUUGUAAGAGAUUGAAUGGAAUACACAUAGACACUGGAUUUAAUUACAGUUCUUGCAUGAUCUUCCAUGGAACCAGCAUCUUCCUGAGCCCAGGCUUCUUCAAAAUCUAUCCUAUUUUCUCCAACAGUCUUGUUUUAGGAAGAGGCUUCUCAAAUUCGGGUCCAACAAGAACUUUCAAUAAAUUGGUUGGGGCAUUCAAGAACAGUGAAGCUGAAGAAAACUUGCAUCAAGAAAUUAUAAUCUUUCUCUCACCUCUCAGUAACUCCAGUGCAAUUUUUUUGGAAUUCACGAUGGACUUAAUUUUCAAUGGGAUGACCAUAGAAGUGAAAGGGGCCUCAGUGGUUCAUUUGGUUCAGCCAGUUGUUUCUAGGCAGCUCCGCGGGGCUUUAAGGAAAACGUGGUCUCAAGUUCUGCCGCUCAGUCUCCCUCAGCAAGAUGCGCCCCGUUCCCUCUUGCCAAGAUCAGGAUUUGUAGGAGGGCAGGUCUCUAACUGCCCCUAUUCCGUCGCCACGUCAGAAUCCAGUGUUGAUGUUUAGGAGACUUGGGUCUCUUUCUGGAACCGCCGGUCUCCUGGACAACAGAGAAGCCAACAAGAGCCUCAGGCGCAGGAACAAUUAGGUGACUUGGAUUUUCUGGUUCAAGAUGACUUCGCAUGGGAAGGGGAUCAGCUAUCCUCACAGCUCUACAGAAAUAAACAGCUUCAAGACACCCUGCUGCAGAAGGAAGAAGAACUUGCUAGGUUACAUGAAGAAAAUAAUAACCUCAGAAAGUACCUGAAUUCUGCCUUGGUUAAAUGUCUUGAGGAAAAAGCCAAGAAACUGCUGACUCAAAACUCAAAAAGUGGGAAGAGGAAACCAAAGGAAGAACACUUCACUGUUGCAGAGACCUCUCGUCCUAAGAGUGCCAAGAGAAACCUUUUUGGAGACUUCGUUGCCUGCGAAAGGCAACCUAGUCCACCUGUGGACUCAUGGGUCCUUCAGACACUUGGAUUAAAAGAUAUUGACACCAUUGAUGAUUCUUUAUCAGCUAACUACAGUGCCCUAUCCUCUGAAUCUUCAAGAUGUUCCAAAACAUUCUCCCAACUCCCCGCCCAAGCCACUGCGUUUGGAUAUGAUAACCUACCCAUCGCUUACAGUGGUGAUCAGAGGGCGCCCUUAAAUAUCACUCCGUGCCAGGAGGAGGAGGACUUAGCCCUCCACCCUGGGCUGGCUAAUCCACCAGGAGGUUUGCAUUCCACCCCUAAUACUGUGCCUUUUGGCCCUUUCAACUCACCUUUCUACUCUGCUGAUGUGUCACCCAAUAAGACAGAAGUGGUCUUUUCUACAUCCCUGAGCCCCCACUGCAAUGUGAAAACACAUUCCUUCCACCAAGGACAAGCCUUCGUGCGUCGAGAUGAAGAGGGAGGUUGGAAGUUUACCUGGGUUCCCAAAAACUCCUAGUGAACCCGUGCCCAAUGAAAGCACUGCCAUCAAUUGUGUUUACAAAGAUCAUUCUUGCACUUGAAUUUGACUUUGUGGAUCAUGGGGUUUAUGGCCUGUGGAGACUUUUUCUCUCCAGCCAUCAUGUGCCAGUCUCUUACACUGAAUGCUGAAAAGAAGUGAUUGCUCCGAAUCUUCAUUGAAAUGUAUAUUUCAACCAACCUGACUCUCUUCUCUGGUCAAGCAAUAUGCAUGUUGUCUGGCUUUAGCUCUGUGUCCAUCACUCUUCUAAAUGACAGCCAAAUUUUCUCUCCGAGUCCCAGGGGAAUGGGUAUGAGGGUGAAUAAAGAUUUGGCAGGCAACAGUG